AUUAUACACUUCGUCGUACCGUAUCGAAUAGUUUGGAUUUUCACGAAAAAUUUCGUCGGAUCACUGAAAUUGUAAAAGUUCUUGAUGCUCUCCACAUAAUUUUAUUAAAUGUUUUUCAAAAUCUGAAUCUUUAACUAGAUUAAAAGUGUUUUGUGUGGGGUUCUUCUGGUUGCGUCAAUACAUUGAGAUGUGAACAGAUGUGAAGUGUUUUUUUAUUUACUUUAAAUUAAAAGUGUAGAUUACACCAAAAAACGAUAAACAUGCAUACUAUAAUUUUCCUUGGUGUCUUAUUACAUGCUGUAUUAUUUUGCUGUGGAUCGGGCACGGAUAUCGCAUUAGAUGCAAAAGCGACGUUGCUACAUCGCAUUGAUAGCUUGAAUCUUCUGAUUUAUACCUGCCUUCUUACCCUAACUGUUCUUACUAUAUGGGUAUUCAAGCAUCGUCGAGUGAGCUGGCUCCAUGAAACAGGAUUGGCAGUAAUUUAUGGCCUCAUCGUUGGAGCUAUCAUACGAUAUGCUGGCAGCACUAACCAGAUCACGCACAUCGAUGUGCAUCCAGCACCAGACACCAAGUACAACUUAUCCGUGCCGCCUGAUGUCCUACGAUUUCACUUCCCCGACAAGUUGCAAGUAUCACAUGCUGGAGACAUCCCAGUCCCAAAUAAGACCUAUGCCUAUAGCUUUAGAGGUGAAAUAGUGAAUAUAGAGCAAAAUGAAAUAGAUCUGAAAGCAACGUUUGAUCCUGAAAUAUUUUUUAACAUCAUCCUGCCUCCAAUUAUUUUCCACGCUGGAUACUGUCUUAAACGGAAAUAUUUCUUCCGUAACUUAGGGGCAAUAUUAACCUUUGCGAUGGUUGGUACGGCUCUUUCUGCGCUAGUGAUUGGAUCUCUAAUGUAUGGCUGUGUGCAGCUCAUGCCAGCGUCACUUGCAGCCAGCUUCACUUUUCUAGACACCUUGUACUUUGGUGCAUUAAUCUCACCCACCGAUCCGUUAACUGUCCUGGCUAUAUUUUCACAGCUGAAAGUGGAUGUCAACUUGUACGCCAUGAUAUUCGGAGAGAGCGUCCUUAACGAUGCUGUGGCGUUAGUACUGAGCGGUGCCAUACAAAACUAUGAAAAGAGGUACUCUAACGACGGUGGCUUCGAAAUCACUGCGUUCUUGGGUGCAAUAGGAGAUUUCAUCGGGAUAUUCAGCCUUUCUCUCCUCGUCGGUGCUUUUAUGGGCUGUCUGACUGCAUUGAUGACGAAGUUCACGCAUGUCCGCGAAUGGCCGCUGCUGGAGUCUGCGCUGUUUGUUCUCAUGUCGUACGCCGCUUUCCUCAUCGCAGAAGUGUGCGAACUUACAGGCGCUCAAUCGGGCGGAUGCCGGUUCGACAAGAAGCCGCAGUACCGGUACUCGGGCUGCCACGGGCAGGACGCGUCGGCGCUCAGCAUCAUCCUCGGGCUGCAGUACGGCUUCGAGGAGGCGGCGUACGCCGUGCGCGCGCGCUCGCCCUGGCGCCGCGUGACGUCGGCCGCCGCGCACGCCGCGCUGGCCGCGCUGCAGGCCAACCUCACCGCGUCCACGCCGCCGCCCACCGAGCGCCCCGCCACGGAGCCCUAG